UUCCGGCGCGGACGGGACACGCGAGCCGAAAGCUGUUCCUCCGGAAAGCAACGAAUGAUGCCGGUGAAAGGCGCCGGAGCGUUCGGUGUCGCGCUUUUACCGGAAACGCGGGAAAGCGGUGCCGAACAGAACCAUUGCAAAGGCUGCAACCCAAAUGCACCUUUUCAAGUUUGUUCACGUUUAGCUCUUCGUUUCCAUUGUUUGCCUCGUUGGCGCAGCGGUUACCGUUAAACCGUCGCCUGGUCGUCUGAGGGUUCCUGGUUCCGGUCCCUCUCGCCGCGGUGGUUCCCCCGUGGAAGUACUUACUCUGAGCGGACGGUAAAAAGGAGCCUCGUGCACUAGCUGGUCGCGCUGCGCGAGGGAACCGGCUGAACGGAGGAAGCUACUCAUUGAUACAGGGUGACUUACGGUGCGACCUUUGUACGCUCGAGCUACUUACCCCGAUUUACCCCGCUGUAUCGCUUCAGGGAAGUACAGUACCGCGAUCAAGGGAACUGCAGCAGCGGCGGAACCCUGGCUGAGAGUCACGGUGACCACAGAGCGGAGCAGAAUGCAGCAGGUGCCCAGGGCUCACAUGGAGCACAGCAAAACACACGCACGUGUGUGUGACGAUGCUUUGUCGUGGCCGUUCAUCUCUCUCUCUCUCACCCCCCCCCCAACGUGUAAAUGAACAUCAAAGAGUGCCUCCGAUAUAGGCCGUACCAAUUAUAGUACUGUGUGUGUGUGUGUGUUCUGAACUCUGGUUCUUAUAAAUAAUGAAUCUUCACAUUGCUGACAAACAAACAAAGUGGAUACAGAAGAGAAAGGAGCCGCUACAGUUUACACGUGUGCUCGCUACCGGCGUGUACCACAAGCGCGUUUGUGGCUCGGUGUGUCCGGUCCCGGGUACGAGCGCUGCUCGGCGCGACCUCGGCUCCGUACGGGCGACGCCCCGUGGCAGCGCCGCGCCGUAAAGUCCCCGACCCCGCGAGUGCGGCUGUGGGGGCGCUUCCUGUCCGGCAGCUCCUCGCGCUCUUUAACACAUCCGGAACGUGCGUUUUGCCGCUGUGAAAUGUGGCUUCGGGAGGCGCUGCUGCGAGGCUGCCGUGGUUGGUGGCUCUUGGCGAAGAUGGACACGCGUCACGAGCAGGAAAGUUUUUUUUUGCCCGUUUUCUAAUAACUUGACAAAAAAUAAUCAUUUCUCCCUUUGCUGGUUUUAAGGUACCUCUUCGCUCCAAUGUGCUCCGGAUGCGGAGAGCGAUGGCAAAGAGCCUCUACUAGCAGCUGUCGGUCUCAUUUAUUCCCCUGAACGCAGCGCGGCCGGAGUGUGUGUGUGUGUGUGUGUGUGGAGGGGGGCUGCGGAGUCGCACCGCUUUGUGCUGCUCAUCUGCCCAUCUUGCGUCGGCUGCAUGUUCGCCUGCGCAGCCGAGCACUUCCUGAAGCGCCGCUCUGCGGUCGCUGCGGCUCGAGGUCCAGCAGCUCCCAGCUGUGACGCCACAAAAGGUGUGAAAACCGGCUCCUUAACCGCACUCGGUUCUCUGUGAGCACCGACUGCUUCGAUAAGUCGCGCUCGGCGUGUCCUCCGUGUCCCGACGGGGCAUUCCCACACGUCCGCGCUGCGGACCCCGGCGGCUGGGUGGCCGUCGCUGUGAGGCGGCGGCGUCCUGGAGUCGACCCCCUCCCCCGCCUCCUCAGGUUUCGCUCCUGGUUCCACGGAGCAGGAAGCGCGCGGUGGUUGAGAUGUUAGCUCAAGGCAGUGCUGUGGCUGGAAGGACCUGUUCCCCGACGUCUCAAUGCGGUCCAGCGGGUUUCUUCUGCGUUCCGUGGGAAUGAGCUUCGCGGGGACCGGCGUACAAAGGGCUGCUUGUUUGUCGCUUCCGCCGCCGCGGUCCAGGUCGGGCGCGAAUGGUUCCGAGCCCACGGGGACCGGGGUGAGACCAUCCGGGGAUUCGGCUCCGUCUCUCUCUCUGCUCUCCAUCUUCUCCUCUUCGCUCCGAGCUCGAGAAAAGGCCCUCGUUCAGGAAUUGAGAAAGUGAACGUCCACCGGUCGGUGCAGGACAGCGCUGUGAUGGUGACGCGGUCACUGUGGGAACCACAAGAGUCCCCACCCCCAUCGCUGUCUCUCUGUCCUGUGUGUCACAGGGAUGGAGGCCCCUAACGUCCAGCAGGUGGAGCAGUAGUGAACCCUGUGAGCUCAGAGACGGGUCUCUGGGCGAAGAGGUGCUCUUUCCCACGGGGACGUCCUACAAUGCGGUCCGGCCGAAGCGCUCGCGUGUGACCGGCGCCGAAGGACAACGGUGAUGCAGAGACAGUCGGUGGGGGACAGCGCGCCUCUCGGCACGUCGACCGAAACGUGCGCGUUGAGCAGGAACGGGAGUUUGUUCGAGCUCAUUGACAGGUUGAACUUGGAGGUUCAAGACCUGAAGCAGGAGAUGGUUCAGAUGAACCAACCAUUCGACAGCACGUCAACCCAAGUGCUUCCGCAGGGCUUGCAUGAGGAGCCCAGGGGGGUCCUCCAAGCAGCCCCCCCCACGCCGAUCUGCAGCCUUGGCUUUCACGUGCUGCCCCCCCACACGAACGUGCUGGAGAAGCUGACGCGGACACAGUCGGUGUGGCUGCAGCUGAGUCUCGGCGAUGAGGAAGCCACCCGCAUCCUGCAGGCCCAGCCGCCGGGGACGUUCAUGGUGAGGAGCUCCAGGAAGCUGAUGAAGAAGGUGGUCUCCCUGCGCAUGGAGGACGCCGCCCAGGAGCCCGUCCAGGACUUCCCUGUGCAGGAGACUAAGAACACCUUUUCUCUGGAGGGUUCUGCCAUCGUCUUCGACGACCUGGUCCACAUGGUGGCGUUCUACUGCGCCAGCAGAGACCUUCUGCCCUUCACCCUGCGCCUCCCAGAGGGCAUCGCUGCUGCCAGGACCAGUGCUGACCUGCAGGUGGCGGCCAAGCUUGGGGCAGGAUUCUGGGACUCCGCUCUCUGCAACCCAGGGGCCCCGACCGGAGACGCUUCCCAGCAGGACCGGCAGACACCCGCGGACCCCCUGCGCCCGGCGCUCUGCUUUCCGCACCUCCAGCCCCCAGGCAGCCGCCCCUCCGCAGCCCGACUCGGCGCAACGCCCUCUUCGCGGUCGCUUCCCAGCCGUCUGCCACCCGAGCGCGGCAGGAUGCCGGAGAUGGUGUACUGGAUCCGCAAGGCGCCCGACUCGGGGGCCCCCGCUCCCGGCGCCGCCGCCUUGGACCCCCUCACGCCUCCGACGGGCCGCAGGGGGCAGCUCAGCUGCCAGGUGUCCGUGGAGAGCCGCAUAGUGAAGGCGAUGCUCGAACGCUGCCAGACGAAGUUCCGCAGCGUCUCCUGUCCAGAAGAGGGCAGCAGCGGCGCCCCUUACGCAGCCCUGGAGGAGACGGGGCAACUGAGCGAGUCAGACCAGCGGCUCAGCGACGUCAGCAUGUCCACCUCGUCCUCCAGCUCGGUGGACUUCCUGUGCAACUACACCAAGCAGAGCAGGGCGUUUGGGGACAGCAGCGUGGAGGACGAGGAGGACGAGGUGGAGAACGAGGAGGAUGACGAUGACGACGAGGAGGAGGACGACUACCCCAUCAGGAUGGAGAAGCUCAAGGCCAAGAAGCGCCGGAACGCGGGACCCCCGAUGCUGUCCCUGUCCCUGCGGGGGCCCCUGCGCAGGAUGAGCGGCGCCCUCGACUCGCUGAUGGCCCCCGAGCGGCGCGCUGUGCGCCGGGUCCAGCGUCUCGCACGCGACAGGACCUCCUACUUCGGCUGCCUGGUGCAGGACUACGUGAGCUUCGUGCAAGAGGAGCACAGGUGCCACUCGUCCAGCCUGGACCUGCUGCAGACGCUGCGCCAGUUCCUCACGCAGACCAAGGCCUACCUGGCCCAGAGCUCCGAGCUGGAGCCGCCCAUCCGCUCGCUCGUCCCGGAGAAGCACAUCGACCCCGUGCUGGAGAAGGCUAUGCACAAGUGUGUGCUGAAACCGCUGAAGGGCACCGUGCUGACGGCUCUGCAGGAGUUCCAGGAGAAGAGCGGCGAGUGGCAGCAGCUAAAGGCAAACCUGGUCCAGGCCAAGAGCAAAACCCCCCAGGAACUGGGCGCGGACCCUGCGGCGGCGGCACCCGACCCCGUGACCGUGGAAAAGAUCCGGCACAAGUUCCACACCAUGUUCAAGAUGUACUCGCCGGAGAAGAAGGUGUCCAUCCUGCUGCAGAUCUGCAAGAUCAUCUACACCAUCAUGGAGGGCAGCUCAGUGGGCGAGCGAGGCGCCGACGACUUCCUGCCCAUGCUCACCUACGUGUUGGCGCAGUGUGACCUGCCCCAGCUGGACCUCGAGAUCCAGUACAUGAUGGAGCUGCUGGACCCGUCGCAGCUGCAAGGCGAAGGCGGCUACUACCUGACCAGCGCCUACGCCGCCAUGUCUCUGAUCCGGAGCAUCCAGGAGGAGCAGGCGGAGCAGGUGCUUCGCUCACAGACACGGGACACGCUGAAGCAGUGGCACCGGCGCCGCACGGCCCAGCGCAGCACCCCCGUCAUCGAGGACCUGCAGAACUACCUGCGGGUGGCGCUCCAGGACCCCGACUGCAGCUGCACGGCGAAAACGCUGCAGGUACCGCCCUUCUGCACCACGCGGGACGUGUGCCAGCUGUGUGCCAGCAAGUUCCAGGUGCGAGACCCCGAGAGCCACGCCCUCUUCCUGCUGACGGAGGGCGGCGCCCAGCAGCUCGAACCCGACACGCUGCCCCAGAUGAUCAAAGCGGAAAUACACAGCCACCCCGACGUGCUGCCUUUCCACUUUGUGUACCGGCCCCUCGACAACCUCAACCUGCGAGAGUGACCCCGCUCGGGGGGUGGGGGGGGCUCCCUCGGUGUGCGUUUCACCUCUUUGACCUGCUGUGACGAAUGCAUUCUGGGAGCUUUUCGCUGGAGAACUUGCGCCUCUGGCUCCUGGAGAACGAGGAAGAUUCUCAGCUGUGUUACGUGUGGACAGUAAAAGCAGAGUAAACACCGGUGUCUUACCGCGGUGCGUGGACGCCCAGCCACGGCGGCGCCCUUGUCUGACAGGCUGCCGGGCCGCGCGUGUCGAAGAGGAACACGUUGCCCUCCGUUUGCCGGCAGGGCUCCGGGGCGUCACUGCGCAGCUCAGCGGACGUCCACUUGUAGGGUCUCCGGUGACGGCGCUCUGGACUCCAGCUCAGUCCUCGUCCCUCAUCGGGGCUUUUAGUCGCCCAAAAGAAGAUGAUUUUAUUUACUGCUGCGGACGUCGCGUGUUUGACAGAUGACACGGGCACAGUUCCGUGUGCUAAAUGAAUGAAGGAAGGGAAAUGGACAUGUCCACGCUGCCUCCUCAUUGGUCCACAGCGGAAGGGGGACGGGGUGUCUCCGACACACUCUGCUUGCGUGGCACUGGAACACUAACGACUGUAAAUGUGCAGGUAUUACUCUUGUUAUUGUGACUUAUUAUGUUCGGUGAACCAUGUUUCGUUCCCUAAUAAAAUAGUGUUCGUUUUUGGAA